CGGACAGCUAAUGAAGUGUGCUUAGCAUGGUGGACACUUAGCAGGGUGGGCACUGAUUUUGCGGCAUGCACAUCGCGUGCCCGUUUGUUUCCACCGUGCUUGUGCGUUUGGUGAGGCCGCUCGGCGCGGGUAUCGCGAAUGGUAUCGCUCGCGCGUCUUGCGCAGCGCCGUUCGCGCGAAUGCUUGGCUCAGUUGGUCGCGUGAUGUCGAAACAUGUCACCGCAUUGAACGUACACGCCGCGCCGCACGCUCGUUCAAAGAGCUGUUUUUGUCUUGCACAAACAGCCCCCUUUCGUCAAGCCGUGCUGUCUUGUUAAAGAAUGCGAUACCUUAUUGGCUCGCUUUGCCACAAUGUCCCGUGUUUGCCUGUGUGUAUUUUAACAUUUCACAAAUAUUUAUUUGGAACAAAAAGAAUGAGGUGUUUGAGGACGUAACGCGGUUGCCGACUCUAGCGGUGGUCGCGUAUACUACACUAUGAUAUGCUGCGCUGUGCGCCCCGUCGCCAUAUUUGUCAAUGUCAUUACGCGAGAAAACGAAGCGCGAACCAAAGUUGAGCGUAGAAUUUGGUGACGUUGACAUGUCUGUUACAAUCGCAGCGUUCCCGUGUCAGACGUGUGCUUAAAUCUGUCAAUUAUGUUUCUAAUGCAGUAUAAUCGCCAGGAGCAGCAGGCAAAGUAGUGGCAAUGUGAAAACAGCGCUUUUUCAGUGCACUGGCAAGCUUGGUGCAGGUUUUGACUGGAAUUCAGUCGAGCAUCCUGAAUGAUGGGACGGCCGUCGGGGACCAGCACAGAUUCUGGCCGGUCAUUGUCAGGUGGUCCUGACCCCAAGCAACGUAAGAAGGGACCAACCUUUUGCUUGGAGCAUCUCAAGCCAUUUGAGCAUGGCUUCUGGAGGGAGGUUGUGAUGCGGGCCAUCAACUCUGCUGUGGGGCCUGGACAGGACAAUGGCCGUCCAAUGGCCGACGUCUACUAUCACACAAGCAGCGGGCUCAAACUGAGAUCAAGACCUGAAGUUGCAGCGUACUUGGCGAGCAAUCGUGGGAUACCCCUGACAGUUGACCACUUCACCUUUGUUCGUUUGCCCAUCCACAAGCCGCCACACGAAAUUGUGCGGAAGGCAACACUUCGUGGCACUCCACUGCCUGCACCUGCUGACACUGCACCAACUGAGGGGAUUGGUGGCCCACCACGUGAGCGAGAACAACGCCAUGCGAGCGACGACACCACAACUGGGCGUCGGAUGACACGCAAGCGCCUGUGCUGCUGUGAGGAUCAGCAUAGUAGCUGCAAGCAGUUGCGUUCACCAGGGAAGACCCGCAGCCAGCUGCGACACAAAUUCAGUCAUGACCACGUCCACUUGGCUACUAAGACAAGGCUGGCCCACAAGGGUUUGCGGACACAACAUGGACCCCACAAAGGCACCGCCAAGCGUUUCGAUUACAUAGUCAAGUACAAAGCUCACAGUUUGCUAUCAGCUGUGCCUAAGACACCUUUACGACAGAAGUCCUCUGCAAGUGAGGCUUCCGGUCUUAAGUCUACACCCAGAAAUUUGGCUUUGCCAAGUGUAGGCACACAGUCUGGUGAUGCCACAAAGGAUUUGAAACGAGGUUCCCAGUCUCUAUUUGGAAAGCAGAGGUGUUCACAGAAGCGGUCCCCAUCUAGCAAGGACAAAUACAGUCUACCAAGUGUGUCUUGGUCACCGAGAGAAGAAGGCACUUUAGGAUGUGACGCUGUGAAUGAAUUGCAAGAGGCUGCCACUUUGGCAGAGACGACGACAACAAGCUACAUAUCUUCCGAGCCACGGUCGUUGAGAGAGUUCCGGACGUCCAAACAAUCGCAGGAAACACUAGAUAGCCAAGAAGGAAGCGUGCCAAAUUCUGAUGCAUGCAGUCAUGCAUUUAUGAGCAUAGGUUCGAAGCAUCCAGUUGUGUUAGUGAAGGACUUCCUUAAGGGACUUCCCAGUGCUUCAUUGCGAGCAGACAUGGGCAAAAAGACAUCAGCAGAGGAGACCACCGUGGCUCUUGUCACACCCAAUGUGCGCAGGGAUUACUGGCAGAAUACGGCCGCCUGGGACAUAUACAAGCUUCUACAGGCGAGACAGAAUGGUGUGAUGCUUGCUGUCACGGAAGCUCAGGGCCAAGAGCAGAGUGAGGCGAUGCCAUGGGGGGUGACAGCCGGUUGCAAUCCUGCAUCCACAGAAGAGCCAUUUACAUUCAAUGACGAUGCAUCAGUGGAGAAAGCCAGCUGCAGCCUUCAUCAUCUUGCUCACCGCUUGGCCCAUCCAAGUGUCGCACAGAGCAAAUCUCCGGCAAUUGUUGCAGCCAGUUCUGUGCAAAGGUCGUGUGAGCCAUGCAGUCUCGGGUGCCCCAGGGCACAGGGCCAGACACCGCAGCUGCUGUGCACACGCUGCCUGUGCUUGUUCCAUGCAGUGUGUGCUGAAAGGACGAGCAGCCAUCCAGCCGCUGCCAAGGGGCGCUUCAUCUGCAAGGCUUGCAUCAAAAAGCCUUAUAAGACUGCAAGAACAUUGGAAAGCACGAAAGCAAUCUCAGAAUUAGAAAAUGCCACUGCAAGUUGCAACAGCACCAGUUCUAAGCCUGAAAUUACAUGGGUCCAAGUUUUGAAAGAACCUGCCACGAAAACCAUAACGAAACCUCUCCAGCCCAGCCUCACUAGCGAUUCCACAGCCACCAUGCGCAAGCAGUGUCCCAGUUUUUCAAUCACAUCAAUAGUGACUUGCACAACACCUUCCUCUUCGAGUUGUACAGCAGCCAACAAUAUGCCUGCCACGUCAAGCUCAAGCAGCACCAUCUCUGUGCCAGUAAUUCACGUCGUGGCAAGUGGCGGCACCUCAAAGCCAACAUCGAUGGCGAGUCCCUUUACAGGAGGUGCACAGGUAUCAUACAGACCGGCGGCACAGGUGGCUCCACGUCCUCGCCUGCCACUCCUGCUUCCCGCACCACCACGACCGGGCUCGACAGUGGCUGCAGGCAAUGCAAGAGCACCCAAGAUGCCCACACUGCGAUUCCAGUCCAUGAGUCCACAGAACCUGACGGUGGUACCGAGUCUCUACUGCACAAUCCAAUUGACUCAGAAUUCUGGCAACAUGAGUGACACACAGCUGAAAUCGCUUGUCAGUCAUCUGGUCCAGAAGCGUGCCGAGGAGCUGCAGAAAAUGGGCAGUGGGCAAACCAUUGUGCUCCAGGCACCGCUAAUCCCGCCGUCAGUACAGGCAUCGAAUACCGUGCAGUUACCCAGCUUGCCCUCCCAGGUGACAGCCAAACAGCGACUGGUCUUGAGCUUGCCAGAGACGGUCACCACGAGUGUUCAAGCAACAACAGUGCCGCUCACAUCUGUGCUGCCGGUGCCUUUGAACACUGCAGCAAGAGAGGCAGUUGGGUCAGAGCCAAUUCCCACAGAUUUGGUACUGGCGGUGCUCGAAGAUUGUGACCCAGCACCAGUGACCCCAGUUCAGCAUAGUGUUAUGACGAGGAGCUUGCUUCGCACCGGUCCAAAGAUUGCAAGUGUCACAAGCUUGGCUGUUGGGGCUGGGGAACAACAAGAGUCAUUGCAGGAAACCAUGUGCACUGACCCAACUUUGGUGCCAGCUUCUGCUGAGCUUGGAGUUGUGACACCAAUUGCAACACAAGUGGUUGCACGCGAAGUAGCCAGUGUUCCUGUUUUGAGUUAUGCAAGCAGACAGUGCACAGUCAUUUCUGGCAUGCCCAAAAUGGAUACUGCAAGAGCAAUUGCACCAAAAUUGGAACCAGGUGCAGUGCACUUGCCCCUUGAAGCAAGGAGAGCAAGCACGCCUGAAGCUGCUGAGGCCACCAAACUGAAUGCGGUGUACAUGGCUCCGCCAGGUCAUGAAGCAAGUACAAGUAUUGAAGGCGCAUCGCGAGUCAUCACUGCUGAGGAAGAAGAGGUCAUCUAUGGACUCGACACCCUGCCUGUUGAGCCACAACCUUCAAUCAUCAUCACUUCAUCGUAUUCACUGGCUUGUGGACCGACGGUGCAGGACAGUGACCCUUCAAGUGUGUCACACACAGAGUAUAGUGGUGGACACAAAACAGUGAGGAAAGGUCUCAGCAAUGCAGCCAAAGCAGAUAAGCCUUCCGAUGACGGAACAUCCACCUUCUGGUGCAUGGACAGCAACAUCUCAAAAGCACAAAUAGAAGUCAUCCACGAGGUACUAGACGUGCAGCGGCAAACUUCGUGUGACCGGACUGAAGUGCCAUCAGAAGUGAACCAAACAGUCAACCCUUUGCAACCCCAUUCUCUGUGCUCUUCUGGACACGUUGGAGAUGGAGUCAUUGCAACCGUAAAAUCAGCAGAUACAGAAUGCCAGCAACCAGAAGACAAAGUGCCAGUGAACUGUGCCUUGGUCAGUAGUGUGCCAUGUUCUCCCAAGGCUGUUAAAGUUCGGCGCACCAAAAGCAAACGGCAUCAUUGUGCGCCUUCAAACUCUGAUUUGAGUAGUGUGUCUAUAUGGGUCGAUAGCGGUGGUCAGCUGACCUACGUGCGGGACAGGCCAAGUGUUGUGUCCGGCGCGUUGCAGCUAGAAGGUGCUGUUUCAAGGUCUGCGAGGAGCAUGCAGGACUUGACUGAGGGCUUCACUGUCCUGAAUCACAUCUUCAAGUGGCUUGCAACGCCAUCUCUGUGCAAGGUCGCCCAGGUCUGCCAUGCGUGGAGGAUGGUUACCUCGAUACCUCACUUGUGGAAGCGGGUCGACUUCAGGCAGCUCCAUGUGCACAACUGGGACACGUGCGUGGCCAAGUUAAAGCACAUGCAGACUGAAGAGCUCGUGCUGGAUAAAGAUAGCCUGGACCCUGUGUUGUCUCGCAACGGCCAACUGGAGGCAGUGCAGCUGGUCGUGCUGGAGGUUAACCCGCUGCAGCUUGUGUGCCUCGCUGGGGCUUUCCCUCGCCUCCGAAGCCUGUCUGCUACGAUCACCCGGAAAGGGGGCGGGGCAGUGGGCCGAGAGACACAGCACCAUCCGGCAUCCCUGGGUGGCCUGUCGGAGCUGCUAUGCGUGGCAGGCCUGGAGAGGCUGGAGCUGCGUGGAGCCCAUGGCUUGGCUCUCCUCCCCUUGACCAUGCCGGCACACAACCUGGCCCAGCGGUGCCAGAAUCUGCGAGCACUGUCUCUGGUGACAGUGCAGAACAUGACCCCAGCUGUGGUGUUCCUUGUCAGCCUCCUGCAUGGCCUAGAAGAGCUGCACUUGGGUGACUGCAUCAACUGGUCUGAAAUGUCAUUUGUCAACAUUGGGAGGCUGAAGCAACUUCGGCGGCUGACACUGGAGCGUGGUGAAGACAACGAUGGUUUCCGAUCGAUGCUGCUGAGGUUGGACAAGCUGCAAAGGCUAGAUCUCAAGCGGUGGACGCUUCGUAACAGCCUUGCGGAUACGCUGUGCAAAAUGAGUGAGCUGCGUCAUCUACUGUUCUGGCCUUUGACCAGUGGUCUGACUGUGAAAACAAACAGGAAUAUCUUGCGUUCGUGCCUGGCAAGCGGCCCCAGGCUGAAGCGGAUAACAUGGGUUGUGAGCUGCAAGAAGCUGGGGGCUCCGAUCAGCAUUCAGCAGGUGGCACUGGACAUGAACUUGGCCUUUGAGUCGGGAACCCUGUGCGAAUGUCCGCCACUUGUCGCUGCCUCCUGCUAUGCCUCUGUUCCGGAGUCUGCUGCCAACGACAUCUCAAGAGGUCUGAGCCCCCGAGCUCGAAAGAGCACACUCGAUUUGGACAGCAGGGAAGUUAGCAGUGCCCCAUCUGUACAAAGCCCCACUGGUGACAUCUCUCUUUCCUGUCGCAAAUCUGUCAAACCUCGAUGUGUCGGUGGUGCUAGUCCUCUUCACUCGACAGAGACUGCGAGUAAUUCUUCUAUGUCAUCUGAACAACUGCAUUUAAAGAGCACCACCCUGCCCGUGGCACCCUGCUGUGCACUUGCAAAAACACUGCUCGAAGUGUGGAGGCCAAGCAUGCACCAGACGUGGUACAUGACACCGCGACAGUUGUGCCAGGGGCUUAAGCACUGCCUCGGACCAAACAGAGAUGUUUGCGUCUGUGUUCGCAUCGAGUAACGAACAGUGAGUCGGUGAUGUGUGCUGGUAUCGCACUGUUGUAAACACAGUUUGAAACUUCUUUAAUGAUCACGAUCAUUAUCCUUGCCUUGCGACUAUUUGAUGGAGCUAAGUGCAUUUGCUAUUUCUUCUCUCAUAAAGUCAAAAUGUUACUGUUUUGUGCUGCUUUGUAGCACAGCAGUGCUACAACCCCAUUGCUCACAAGUGCUACGAUUUUGUCUUUUCUUUCAAAACGCAAGCCGUGAACAUCAUACUUUGCAGCUUCAGUAUGUUUGUGUCUCAUAUAAUAUGUGGGCCAUGAAAAAAAAAAAACGUAGCGCAGGCUGCAUUCACGAUCUGAGACAAUGAAGAUGACGCAUGUGCACUAACCAUCAACAGUAUUUUAUCACCAACAACCCAUGUUUGUACAACCAAGUCACUGCCAUGGGACGUAUGCAAAUCACUUCAGGAAAGCUGAUUCCUUAUUGGAAAGAUGCUCAGAGGUGAUUCUCACAUGACCAGAGCACAAUCACAAUACUUUCUCUUACAUAUGCUCUGAUAAACACACGAAACGUUAAACGAAACACACGAAAAGAAAUGAAAGCAGGUGCUUCUGUUUGUUUUCCUUAGCAUCAAUUUAUCUCACCAACUAGCUCAACCGAUAAAAGUACAGUUGAUCAAAGUUGUGCUCUGGUUGUGUGAGGAUUCUUCUGAAAAGAAGCAGUCUUUGCCGAGGUGUUUCGUGUAUGCCAUGUGGCAAUGACAACGUUGCAGAGGUGGCACAAUUAUUUUUUUUAGUACUCGUACGUUGUCAUCCUUCCGUUUGUCCCCGUGGCAUGAUUGUCUAAAAAGUGCUGUAAGAACAAGCCAUAGCAUCCACACAAUAACACAACAGGUCAGGUAAAUCAAAAUGAUUGCCACUGUAUUUUGCUCUCAAUGUGGAGGGAUUGAAAUGCUACACUCUGCCUCAAAGCUGCUCUGCUCAUGGCUAUAUUUUUUGUAUUCUUAUGGCAUCAAAUUUUUUUUAGAAAGUGUUCAGCUGUUAUUUUUUUUUCUUUUUUUGCACUACUGAUAUAAACCAUCUAAAAAGUUACAGCUGUGAAUUAGUUCAUUGAUGAUGUGCAAUUGUUCUAUGACAACCUCAAAUGAGGAACUAUAAUAUGAAGUUCCAUUAAAUCGUAUCAGUCUUCUCAUUGUUAUUGCUGUGACUGUAAAAAAUGGCUACAUUAGUUAAUGACUGCUAGUCUUAUAUUAAUUGUAUUAUUGUAGUCAGAGCUCUGAAGUUGGGCUGCAUCAUAGUAUACGGCACAUGGAUGGCUGUGACAUUCUGUGUAAAAUAUCAUGCAAGACGAGGCAAUUAACUGUGAAGGAUGAAGUUACUUUUUUCAUAUUGAGUGAGCAUUUCACAUACAUAUAUGCCUGGCAAAGUGUGUGCUUUCUUAUGACUAGGCGCCUGUGUAUUGACAUUUGUGCCAAUGUUUGUGUGCAAGAACAGCUUUGUAAAGAAUUGCAUAGCUUUCUUUUUUUUCAGCCUUGACAUGUUCCCGUUCGUCUUGUUAGUCACUGAGACAGUAUAGAGCACAUUCAUUACGACAGAUGUUCGUACCGUUAAAGAAGCCUCAAGUGGACUUUUCUUGCCUUUUUUUUUUUCAAAAUUCAUUUACGUUUCAUACUGAGCACUAUACGCAAUUCUUUUGGUGAAUGUGUUUUAACUUGCUUAGAUGCAGUAAAAUUGAAAACUGAGCGAGUUCGUCCUUAAUGAAAUGGUGAGAAACACAAAGAUGAAAAAAAGAAGGUAUGACAGAAAUUACAUUUUUUGUAAUUGUGAAUUUCUCUUUUCUGUGCCAUGUCGUUGCGUACAAAAGCAAAGAACAUGUGCCAUUUUCUGUAUUGUUUGUGCACUUCAAAUAAAAUGUGCUUUGAGGGUGCCUUUGAACUUCAAGCUGCAAAUCUCAUUUGAUUUAUUUGAAUAUAUUCAAAAGCACAGCUUUCAACACUACAUUAUUUAUAAAUAAUGUAGUGUUGAAAGCUGUGCUUCAUCCAAGUGGAAUUUUGCCGCAUUUGAUACCAGUGUCACAUGUACACUUCUGAUCGCUAUCGGGGCCUCUGAUUUCUUGAUCGCGAUCAACAAUGGUUGCUGCUGCAUGGCCCAAUGAUCCGGAUCGAGUUAUCGUCUGAAACUCGGAACAUAAUGCCUUGGCUACAAAUGCAGAUUUGCAAAAUGAGGUUAAAUUUGGACAAUACUUGAAUUUCGUAGUGUACUAUUGCCAAUAAAAAGGUUUUUUAAAUGUU